CAAAUCGGCAGCCCGUUCUCGCGGGAUUUUCCAAGGCCGGGUUGGAAGUUGCGGGGGUUAGGAGACUGAGGUCAGAUCCCGAGGAGGAGAUUUGGGGGUCGCAAUGCUGGCCUCCUGUCCUCCACCGGCGGCGGCGGAGCCCGAAGGAACUAGGUGAACACCGCCUUGCCAGCCUCACACAGCGUCCCGUGGCUUUGCCGCCACUCCGGACGUCGCUCUCUCGUUCUCCUUGGGUCCCCUUAGUCACUACCUUAGCUGGGAUCCCCCUCCUCCAUCCCGUGGCUUCGGGUUGCCGGAGAGCGAUGCUCGGAGGGCGACCGGAAGUGGCGUUGGCCUCCAUUGGCCCACCGGCCAGCCACCUAGCUGUCCUCCGCCUUCCGGGUGUUACGUGCAGCCGGGCUCGGCUCCUCCCCCUGGCCGGAUGGAUCCCUCGGCGCCACAGCCCUGCGCAGAAACCGCAGGCAAAGACAUAUGGCAUCCAGGAGAAAGAUGUCUUGUCCCUUCUCCAGAUCAUGGAAAACUUUGUGAAGCAAGCAUAAAAUCUGUCACAGUGGAUGAAAAUGGCAAGUCAUUUGCAGUUGUCUUAUAUUCAGAUUUUCAAGAAAGGAAAAUACCUCUUAAACAGCUUCAAGAAGUAAAAUUUGUUAAAGAUUGCCCUAGGAAUCUUAUAUUUGAUGAUGAAGAUUUGGAAAAACCUUAUUUCCCAAACCGAACAUUUCCGUCAUCUUCUGUUGCUUUUAAAUUAUCUGACGAUGGAGACUCUAUUCCUUAUACCAUCAAUAGGUAUUUGAGAGACUACCAAAGAGAAGGAGCCCAGUUUCUUUAUGGACACUACAUCCAUGGAAGAGGGUGCGUUCUUGGUGAUGACAUGGGACUUGGAAAAACAGUACAGGUUAUUUCAUUUCUGGCUGCAGUUUUGCAUAAAAAGGGAACUCGUGAGGAUAUUGAAAAUAACAUGCCAGAGUUUUUACUAAGAAGUAUGAAAAAGGAACCCCCUUCUUCUACAGCAAAAAAGAUGUUCUUAAUAGUUGCUCCUCUUUCUGUCCUCUACAACUGGAAGGAUGAAUUGGACACCUGGGGAUAUUUCAGAGUCACUGUUUUACAUGGAAGCAGAAAAGAUAAUGAACUAAUUCGUGUAAAGCAGAGGAAAUGUGAAAUUGCUCUAACAACUUACGAGACACUGCGCUUAUGUCUGGAUGAACUUAACAGUUUGGAAUGGUCAGCUGUCAUUGUGGAUGAAGCUCAUAGAAUCAAGAAUCCGAAAGCUAGAAUAACAGAAGUUAUGAAAGCUUUGAAAUGUAAUGUCCGCAUUGGCCUCACUGGAACCAUUCUUCAGAACAACAUGAAGGAACUGUGGUGUGUUAUGGACUGGGCUGUGCCAGGCCUUUUAGGGACCGGGACCUGCUUCAAGAAGCAGUUUUCUGACCCAGUAGAACAUGGUCAGAGACACACGGCAACAAAGAGAGAACUAGCCACUGGCCGAAAGGCCAUGCAAAGACUUGCCAGAAAGAUGUCUGGCUGGUUUCUCAGGCGCACCAAGGCUCUUAUCAAGGAUCAGUUGCCUAAGAAGGAAGACCGGAUGGUGUAUUGUUCUUUGACAGAUUUCCAGAAAGCCGUCUAUCAAACAGUGUUAGAAACAGAGGAUGUGACUUUGAUACUUCAAUCCUCUGAGCCUUGUACCUGUAGGAGUGGCCGAAAAAGGAGAAAUUGUUGUUAUAAGACCAAUUCUCAUGGUGAAACAGUGAGAACCUUGUAUCUCAGUUACCUUACAGUCCUUCAGAAGGUAGCUAACCAUGUCGCGCUACUGCAAGCUGCUAGUACUUCCAAACAACAGGAAACACUUAUCAAAAGGAUAUGUGAUCAGGUAUUUUCCAGAUUCCCAGAUUUUGUGCAGAAAAGCAGAGAUGCAGCCUUUGAAACACUUUCUGAUCCUAAAUACAGUGGAAAAAUGAAGGUCCUUCAGCAGCUUUUAAAUCAUUGCAGGAAAAACAGAGAUAAAGUUCUUCUCUUUUCUUUUUCCACCAAGUUGCUUGACGUGCUACAGCAGUACUGUAUGGCGUCUGGGCUUGAUUACCGACGACUUGAUGGAAGUACAAAAUCAGAGGAAAGACUCAAGAUUGUAAAAGAGUUCAACAGUACACAAGAUGUUAACAUUUGCCUUGUCUCUACAAUGGCUGGUGGACUAGGCCUCAAUUUUGUCGGUGCCAAUGUUGUUGUAUUAUUUGAUCCUACUUGGAAUCCAGCCAAUGAUCUUCAAGCCAUUGACAGAGCAUACAGGAUUGGACAGUGUAGAGAUGUCAAAGUGCUUAGGCUGAUAUCCUUGGGAACUGUGGAGGAAAUCAUGUAUUUACGACAGGUAUACAAGCAGCAACUUCACUGUGUGGUGGUUGGAAGUGAAAAUGCCAAACGAUAUUUUGAAGCAGUUCAAGGAUCUAAAGAGCAUCAAGGAGAGCUUUUUGGGAUCCAUAACCUCUUCAAACUGAGGUCCCAAGGGUCUUGUCUUACAAGGGACAUUCUGGAGAGAGAAGGCCAAGUGGAAGCAGGGAUCAUGACAGCCACAACAUGGUUGAAAGAGGGGCCUCCAGCACACAAACUGGAAAUGCCUGGAGAGCCUGACUGUCAGGAAUGCAGAGGUCCAGAACAAGCUGCAGAACCACUGGCAAAGGAAGUGUGUGAUCUCUGCAGCGACUUCAGUGAUGAAGAGCCAGUGGGAGCCGCAGGAGUAAAGACUGCCAAAAACAGAGCACCCGAUUCAAAUAAAGCUUCCAGCUCUCCAGGACAGCUUACCUUACUCCAGUGUGGUUUCUCGAAAUUGUUUGAAACAAAAUGUAAAGCAGUCGAGGACAGUGAUGGAAAUACUGCCUCUGAUGAUGAAAGUUCUGAUGAGCAGCCCACGUGCCUUUCAACAGAAGCCAAAGAUGCUGGUUGUGAGAAAAAUCAGGACUCUCUUGGUACUUCAAAAUAUCAGAAAUUAGAUAACAUCCUAAAUCCAAAAGAAAAGCAUAUUUUUUAUAAAAGUAAGAAGACUUUAGAACAGAAUAUUUCUUCUAAGUCUGAUGAGAAAAAAUUUAAAAAUACAGAUAAACAUUGCAUUUUACAGAAUGACACAGAAUCAGAAGAUAGUGAUGUCAUCUGUCCUACACAAUAUACAACUGAGAGAUUCCCCGACAACAGUAUAAGGUUUAAGCCACCCUUGGAGGGUUCUGAGGAUUCUGAAACAGAACAGUCUGUAAAAACAGGAAAUAAUGAUAAUGGUCGAAAGACUGAUGACAAAAGAAAUGGAAUAAUUUCAGAAAAGUUAAGUCCUGAGAACACAACCCUGAAAUCUAUUGUGAAAAGAAAAGGCACCAGCGAUAUCAGUGAUGAAUCUGAUGACAUUGAAAUUUCUUCCAAGUCAAGAGUAAGGAAGAGUUCAUUGAGGUUUAAGAGAAUAAAGGAAACCAAAAAAGAACUUCACAAUUCUCCCAAAACAGUGAACAAAACAAACCAAGUAUAUGCAACAAAUGAGGAUCAUAACUCUCAGUUUAUUGAUGAUUAUUCAUCCUCAGAUGAGAGUUUAUCCGUCAGCCACUUCAGUUUCUCUAAACAGAGCCAUAGAGCAAGAACUGUAAAAGACAGAACCAGUUUUUCUUCAAAAUUGCCUAGCCAUAAUAAGAAAAAUAGCACUUUCAUGCCAAGAAAACCAAUGAAAUGUUCAAAUGAGAAAGCUGUCAAUCAAGAGCAGUCAUAUGAAUCAAUGGAUAAAUUUUUAGGUGGUGUUCAGGAAGUGGCUUAUAUUCACUCAAACCAGAAUGUGAUUGGAUCGAGCAAAGCUGAAAAUCACAUGAGCCGAUGGGCAGCACAUGAUGUAUUUGAGUUGAAGCAGUUUUCCCAGCUGCCUGCUAACAUAGCUGUUUGCAGUUCUAAGACAUAUAAAGAAAAGGUGGAUGCAAAUACAUUGCCACACACAAAGAAAGGCCAGCAACCGAGUGAAGGCAGCAUUUCACUUCCUCUUUACAUUUCACACCCUGUGAGCCAAAGGAAGAAAAAAGUCUACCGUACAAACCAGACCACCUUCAUAAUUGGAGAAACACCAAAAGGAAUCCGCAGAAAACAAUUUGAAGAAAUGGCCUCUUAUUUUAACUCGUCUUCUGUAAAUGAAUUUGCUAAACAUAUAACCAAUGCCACAUCAGAAGAACGACAGAAAAUGCUAAGAGACUUUUAUGCUUCUCAAUAUCCAGAGGUAAAAGAAUUUUUUGUGGAUUCUGCAUCAGAAUUCAACAAUUCUUCCUUUGAGAAAGGAGAGUGCACCAGGAAGAAAUCUGAAAAAAGAGACUCUCUUAUAAAAGCAAGGCUGUCAGAUUCUGAAACUUUGUCAUUUAAAGAUUCUACCAACAAAAUUUCUCAAGUUUGCAGCCUAAAACCAUAUAAAAGAAAAUCAAUUAAGUUUCAAAAUCAUAGUUCCUGUAGAGAAGAGGUGUAUUCUAAUGAUGCAGAAACUAAGAAAUCACCUGUUAGUUCUACUCAAGAGAUUGACAGUGGGAAAACCAGCCAAGCAUCCAAAGAUACUGUGACAUCCCGUUCUCAGAACAGUGAGUCUGAAACACAUGAGAGAAGGUUAGAAAAUACCAUGAAAGACAAACAGGACCUCACAAGAAUGGGCAUUUCAAGAAAAGAACCCCUUCUGAAAUUGGAAAACAAAAAGAUAGAAAAUCCAGUGCUGGAAAACUCUUCUGUGAUAAACUUACUUGGUGAUACCUCUAUUCUUGACGACCUUUUUAGAAGUCACGGGAGCAGUCCCACGCAGCUGCCAAAGAAAGUUCUUUCAGGGCCCGUGGAAAAAGCAAAACAGAGACCAAAAGAUUUCUGGGACAUUUUGAAUGAGCAGAAUGAUGAGAGUCUUAACAAACUCACAGACUUGGCAGUAAUAGAGACUCUGUGUGAAAAAGCACCUCUAGCAGCACCCUCCAAAAGGAGAGAAGAGCCAGCAACUCCUCUUUGGAAAUCAAAUGAGAAAUUUUUAUGGAAGACAUUUAACUCAAGUAGUACAGAUAAAAACACAACCGAUACACAGAGCACUACAUAAGUAUAUGGAUGAAUGACUGCACCAGUGAACUGCUGCCAUCACUGUUUACGGCACUGGAUUCCACACUGAUUCUAUUAUCUUGAACACAGUUGUUGACAUAUUUUUAUUAAAUUAUUGCUUUAGGAUUUUUUAAAGUCUGAAGUAUUAUCAUGGAUCUGUUUUUCUUGAUAUUUGAUUUGAUCUUUCAAGAAUAUGAUUGUAUUUAUAGUAUAAACCUCUGUUACGAAUUAGAAGAGAUUCUAGGUUUGUUAGUAGGAGAUCUGGGACAUCUUUCUUACUAUAUUACGUAAUGAUGUGACACUUGCCCUGGUGAGCAUUGUUUCCCAGUAUGAAAGAUGAAGGGUGUGAACCAAAACAGCGUGAGUGUCCUUCCAGUUUAAAAAAGCUUUGCUUUGCUCUCCUGAUGGCUCAUAGGCUGAAUCAUGUCUGCCCCUCAAAUCAGGUGUACACCAAUGUGUUUCUUUUUUACUAGCACUUGAGAAAGUUAUUAAGUAUUUUCUUUUUCCCUGGAUAUCAUGUUCUAUUACUAUUUUAGAAAAAAGUCAUAACUAGUACUGAAUAUAUGGUAUAUAUGAUAUUAAAAUGAUAAUUUUGCAACAGCUCAAAGUUAAAAGGUUAAUGUUACUCACUUUGCUGUGUGAGCUGUGAUUACUACCAUUAGCCACAGACACCAGUGCCUCAACUUUUUAUGUAUCUAUUGUGAUUUAAUCAAUGUAAAUGAAGGUUUGUAUAGUAUUUUUGAAGUUAAGUAUGAAGAAAUGAAUCAACUUUUUAUUUUGUUAGCAACUAUUACAUUUUGAGUGUAAUUUAUAUGGUUUACAACAAAAUGAAUGCGCUCAUUGUUGAAUUCAUAUGUAUUUAGAAGCCUUUACUCAGCCCCUGUGUUCUGUGCUAGGGGCUUGAGCUGUACAGAUAAGGCAGAGCUACAGGUGAAUGAAAGAUAAUCAUGUCAGUGAAAAAUCAUGGUGGAAAGCCCCUGCUAUCUCGCGUGCAUGCUGUAGGCAGGACCUGAACUGCCUCCGCUGCAGGUUCAGAUGCACCGCUACAGCUGUCCUUCAGUCAGUUCACAGGGCUGCGAGAGGACACAUCCAUCCAGAAAACGGCCUGAGCCAGGAACUGGCUGUGCUAGAGAGCACUGCUACCGAGUUGAGGAGAGAGGCUUCUGUGUACCCAGGAUGUGGAGUCAUUGCUCAGAAGUGAACAAAAAAUCAAAAACCAAAGUCUUCUCAAGGGACUGAUCGGCCAGGUGUGCUCUUCUUUAGAGCAGUGUCCCCUUAAAGCCCUGAAAACACCUCUUCAAGGAAAUAAACAACAUCUGCAAAUGGUACAGCUGCCCCUAAGUAUUCAAGGCAAAGAAGCCUUAGUUUGCAGAGAUGAUGAUGAACUUUUCAUUCGUCCACAGAAAAUGAGAACGCCACAGGAAAUACACGGUUAUUUUCUAAUUAAAGUUCAGUGUGUACACUUUUUAAAUUCUGAAGUUAUCCUUCCUCUAUGGUAUCAAAAUAACGCUCUUUUAUGAAAUGAUGGUAGAUCAUAGCUUUUAGUCUUUUUCAUUGUCCCUACAUAAAAGUUGGCAGCCAUGUCGGUCCCAGAAGUUUUAUUUGACACUUACUGGUCUAUAAAAUCCAAAGGAAUGGGGAUCACUGCCUGCCUUAACGGUUUUUUGUUUUUUGUGUUUUUGGCAUGUGAAGGAUUUUUAUGUCACACAUCCAGCUAACAGUGGGUCUAGGAUCCAGGCCUCACAAGGAUGUCACUGAACCUGCCCGCCCCAGUGACAGGCCCGCACCUUCAGAGAGCAAGAGUGCCCAUCACCGUCUAGGCUCAGUGCAGACUUGUUUCUGGUUUCACCUGCACCAGAGACUGCAAACCAUCUUCUUUCUGCCCAGUGCUUCUGGGAAGCCUUACUGGGAUGGUUCAUAAGCCACUUCGCUGUGGGUGAUGGCCCCUGUGCACUGUGGCGUGUACGGCUGGCUCCGCUUGGUGUUUGUUGCAGGAGGGAAGAACAUCUCACUUUUGCUUGGCUGAAGGGCCACCCCAGGAGGGCUGUUUUGCCUCGUAGGGUCUUGCAGGGUUUCGCUAGGAAAACAGUGCAUCUGGUAGUUACUCUCUGCCCCUAGGAGGAAAGACAGAUUCGCCCUUCCUUCCCAAGUCCCAGGCUCUGUGGUUCCCAGCCCCAAGGUAGCAAGUCAGCACCUCCAGAGAGGUUUUAAGCAUGCAGAUGUCCAGGAUCCUCGUCAAGAGACUCUAAAUCAAGGAGUCUAGGGCUCAGCACAGGCACCCUUUUUGUUUUUGCACUUUCACAGGAAUUCUGAUGUGCCAGUGACUGACUGAGGUUUGUCCCUGGGCAGGACUCACCUGCCUGACCUUCUCUCUCUCUGGGACGCAGUAUUUCCAGAGAGGUGCUUCAGUUGCCCCACCACGACUUCCAGCGCCCUCCAUGUCCACAUGCAGCUGAGCUCAUGAUGGAGCACACCGGGUGCUUUGUGUUGUUACAUUCGUAUCAAAAUGUCCACACAUACCUGAACAUCUGUGUUCACAGUGGCAUUCACAAUAGCUAAAACGUGAAGAAAGCAUUCCAAGUGCCUAUCAAUGAAUAAGCAAAAUAUUAUACACACACAUGGGAAUAUUAUUCAGCCUUGAAAGGAGAUUCAGACACAUGCUACAACAUAGAUGAAUCUUGAGGAUGGUGUGCAAAGAGAAAUAAACCGGACACAGAAGGACAAAUACUGUGUCAUUCCACUUCUAUGAAGUACCUAGAUUGGUCAGAUUCUUAGAGACAAAGUAGAAUGGUGGUUGCCAGGCACUGGAGGGAGGGGAGAAGGGAGUCAUUAGUGGGUAUAGAGUUUGUAUUUUACAGGAUGAAAAGUGGUCUGAAGAUGGAUGGUCGUGAUGGUUGCACAGCAAUGUGAAUUUAAUGACACUGAAGUAUGCACUUAAAAGUCAUUAAAAUGCUAAAUUUUAUAUGUAUUUUACCACAAUUUUAAAAAUGGAAAAAAAGUAUGACCAAAAGCAACACCUGUCCAAAAUGUGUGUUAUAUGCCAAAUUUUGACAUAUGACAUAUGUGAGAUCGCUGACUGUAUUUUACUUAUAAAUUUGAAAUUAAUAUGGUUUUUACAUUGACACUCCAUACAGGCCAUUAUUUUGAAAAAACAUUUUCCUUAUUAAAAGAUUGGGAAAAAA